GAGGAGAGAGGAAGGUGGAUUGGCGCAUGGUAAGAGAGGAAGUGAGAGGGAGGGGGAUGAUUUUAGGCUGUUAUGAAAGGAAGAUAGAGACAGACGGGAAAGAGAGGUCGUGUCGCACAGACGACACAUCUUUUUUGCGACAGGGGUUGCGGUUGAUAUAGAAUAGCAUUAAUAUCUGGUAACAGAUUCAAGAAUUGCAGUUGCUGUUAUUGACGCAGGGCGUUAAAGGCGCAGCAUCCUUCAGCAUCAGCACCAGGAAGCAUCGCGAGCAUUUUAUUCAUAGCUGCUCUUACAAAGGAGCUGACAGACCUUCAUCUCUCACCAGGGUGUGGUUGCAGUAGGAGGAUGAGGAGUCUGUUGUGUCUGCUGUCUAUCAGCUCUCUGGCUCUGAGCUAUGCAGCGGCAGGGGAUGUGUGUGUGUCUGGUCACGACAGUGGGCCUGUUUUUGAAGAGCAGCCGUCUAGUCUGAUCUACCCAGAGGGAUUGCCGGAAGGCAAGGUCACCCUGAGCUGCCAGGCUCGUGCCAGCCCCGCUGCUAUUUACAGGUGGCAUGUGAAUGGCACAGAAGUAGCUAUGGAAGAGGGUUCACGCUAUACACUGGUUGCGGGAAACCUUGUGAUUAAUAACCCUCAGCAUGGGAAAGAUGGAGGGGCGUACCAGUGUCUCGCCUUUAACCGAUGUGGCACCAUUGUUAGCCGGGUUGCUACCCUUAAAUUCGGCUACCUCCAUGAUUUCCCUCCUGAAAGCAGAAGUCCUCAGACAGUCCAUGAAGGAACUGGAACCUUCCUUGCCUGCCAACCACCAGCUCAUUACCCAGCUUUGUCGUACCGCUGGUUCAUCAAUGAGUUUCCCAACUUCAUUCAGCCGGAGGAGGGCAGAUGGUUUGUUUCCCAGGUGACGGGUAACUUGUACCUAGCCAAUGCGAGAACCAAUGACACAGGAAACUAUUUCUGUUUCACCACAAUUAAUAUGGACAUCAGCACCAAGAGCAUCUUCAGCAAAGCCGUCCAACUCACAGUUUACGCCGAUGCAAACCCAAGGAAAUCUGCUCCAAAAAUCCGAGUGCGUUUUCCCGCUGAGACUUCGGCAUUAGCAGGACAAACCACACAGCUUGAAUGUUUCGCCUAUGGCAAUCCCAUUCCCAAGAUUCGCUGGAGGAAGGUCGAUGGGUUCCUCCCGGCUAAGGUUGCAAGUGUAGAUGGGCCCAUCUUGGUUAUCCCCGAACUGACCUUUGAUGAUGAGGGCAUGUAUGAAUGUGAAGUCUACAACUCAGAGGGCCGGGAAACACAUCAGGGACGUGUGUCUGUGCAAGCCCAGCCUGAGUGGCUGCAGGUAAUGAGUGAUUCCGAGGUGGAGAUCAGUUCCGAGCUGCAGUGGAGCUGCGCAGCCGCAGGAAAACCGAGACCCGCCAUCCGCUGGCUGCGUAACGGACAGCCGCUCCGCACACAGGACCGCGUGGAAGUGAAUAACGGGCGACUUAAGAUCAGUAACCUUGCCCUGGAGGAUUCUGGGAUGUAUCAGUGUGUGGCCGAAAACAAACAUGGCACCAUUUACUCGAAUGCCGAGCUUCGUGUACAAGUCCAGGCUCCAGAUUUCAGGUUAAAUCCGGUACGCAAGCUGGUUCCUGCUGCCCGUGGAGGACGGGUUAAAAUGGAGUGUAAACCUCGUGCAGCUCCUAAACCUACUCUCUUCUGGAGUCGUGGCACAGAGCUCCUGACCAAUAGCAGCAGGAUAACAGUCACUCCUGAUGGGAUUCUGUGGAUCUACAAUAUCAGUCGGGCUGAUGAAGGGAAGUAUACCUGCUUUGCAGAAAACUACCUGGGCAAAGCCAACAGCACAGGACACCUUUCUGUUAGAGAUGCCACCAAAAUCACACUAGCGCCCUCUAAUGCAGACAUCAAUCAGGGUGAAAAUGUCACCCUGCAAUGCCACGCAUCACAUGACACUUCUAUGGAUCUCACCUUCACUUGGGCCCUCAAUGGGGUUCUGCUUGACCUGGAGGAACCAAAUGGACACUAUCGUCGCAUGGAGGGGAAAGAGACAAUCGGUGACCUGGUGAUAGUAAAUGGACAGCUCAGUCACGCCGGCACGUACACCUGCACGGCCCAGACGGUGGUGGACAGCGAGGUGGCUUCAGCCCGGCUUGUUGUAAGAGGCCCACCAGGUCCUCCUGGAGGUUUAGUGGUAACAAGUACCAAUGACACAUCAGUUCAGUUAAGAUGGAGUCGUGGAUAUGACAACCACAGUCCCAUUGGAAAGUACAUCAUCAUGGGCCGCUCAGCACAGAUUCAUGACUGGAAGCGGAUGAGGACGGACCCAGCAAACAUAGAAGGAAAUGCCGAGUCUGCACGUGUGAUGGAUCUUCGACCAUGGAUGGAUUAUGAAUUUCUGGUCAUUGCCAGCAACAUCCUGGGUAGUGGAGAACCAAGCAUGCCCUGCCAGCCAGUCCGUACCAAACAAGCAGCACCAACUGUGGCACCCAGUGGACUUGGUGGAGGUGGUGGAAACCGUAAUGAACUUAUUAUUACAUGGACACCAAUGGCCAGGGAGUAUCAAAAUGGAGAUGGCUUUGGUUAUAUCCUGGCAUUCAGAAAGCAAGGUCUGCCAACCUGGACCGUAGUGAAGGUGCCACAUGUCGACUCUUCGCGAUAUGUCUACAGCAACGAGAGUCUUUCAGCCUACUGCCCAUUUGAGGUCAGAAUAAAGGCCUACAACAAAAAAGGAGAGGGUCCCUUCAGCCAAAUCGCCGUAGUGCACUCUGCAGAAGAGGAACCAACCGCAUCUCCACGGAGAAUAAACGCCACUGCAGUGACCGCUUUUGAGAUUCAGGUGUCCUGGGAGCCCAUUCAGCAUUUGAAUAUUAAUGGAGUACUUCGUGGUUAUGAGAUCCGUUACUGGCGCCAGCAUGAAAGGGAAGCGGCAGCGGACCGUGUGAGAACAGCAGGACUGGAGAACACAGCACGGGUGACGGGCCUCAGGCCUAAUACUUUAUAUCACAUCACUGUUCUGGCUUACAACAGUGCCGGCACCGGCCCACCCUCGCCUCGGACCACAGUUGUCAUGAAGAAACCGCCCCCUAACCGUCCUCCAGGAAAUGUCUCAUGGAAGGUGUCUGGGUCUUUGGUUACUGUGAGGUGGGAUCACGUUAAAUCCAUGGACAAUGAGUCUGCUGUUUUAGGCUAUAAGGUCCUUUACAAGCAUGAAGGCCAAUCUGCUUUGAAGAUACUGGACAAAGGCAAGACGUCCAUCACUCUUCCGCUACCUAAGGACAACGGUUAUGUGGUUCUUGAGAUCCGCUCCUGGGGUGAUGGAGGAGACGGAGCGGCCCAUGAGACCAUUGUGUCUCGAGACUCAGGAACUGGAAUGAUGGUCCAGAACACAUCUGGCGGUUCAGAGAGUCUCUGCACAUCAGUUUUGGUAUUUACUGCACUGCCACUCAUUCUCAUGGACUUAUCGGGAUUGUGAUUUUAGCCUGUGAAAAGGCAUUUCAAAUUAAUAUCACAAAAAUAAUUGAACAGGUUUUACUCUAAAAAAAGGGGGGGGGGGUCUUUUUUGAGCAGGAAGGUUUUUUGCAAUGGUUGAAUAGUGUGGGAUGUAAAGUUUUGGAAAUGUGCGGAUGUGAAGAAAGUCAUUUUAUUCUUUUGUAUAAAAAGCUUUUGUACAAGGAUGAUUGGUCACUGAAGAAUACAAAGGAAUCUUUGUGGAAGACUAGACUUUGAUUGUGUAACAUUUUAUUGACAGAAGAUUGCCUUAUUGGACAUUUAAACUUGAACAAUGGUUAUGUCAGCAUUUGGUUAUAUUUUCAAAAAAAUCCUAACAGCUGACCAACAUCGUCAAAAAAUCCGCCUUGAUUUUCUUGUACAGUACUGUAGGUGUACAGUGAAUACACAUCGAUGUAUUUGUGAGAUUUCAUACCAAGUAAAACAAAAUCUUUUUCUUUUUUUAAAACUUUGUUGCUAUUUCAUGGCAGCAAAAUGAUCCAAAUAACUGUUUACAUUUUUUAUUUAUUUAUUUAUUUUUAUUAACAAUGUAUUUAGAGGCAACAUUUGUGAACAAUGUUUCAUUUGUUGGUCCUCAAAAUGACUGUAGCGUCUGCCCCUUCCUUGUGUGUUACAGUUAAACAGUGGCGGCUCAUGACUGCUUAUCUGAGGGGUGCAAAUUCAAAAUAUCUGUUGGGAGUGUCAUGUGUGUUGCUUGUGUUUUUAAAAUAUGUGUUGGUUGCGUCAUGUAAGACAUGUGCAUCACGUGUUUUGUCAAAAUAAGUGCCUGCUGCACAUGCGUCAAAACCGUUUAUAAUAAAAGAGACGCUCACAUUCACAAAAUACACGCACGACACUCCCUUAACAGUAAACUCUGAUUACGCAUGAGAUUAUGCGAGUAUCUGGCAAACGCGAGUGUCUCUUAUAUCAUAAACCCUUUAGACGCAUCUGCAGCAGGCACUUAUUUUGACAAGACACGUGAUGCACACAGGAUCUCUCGAUGCGCAGAACACAUAUUUUGAAAUACACACAUCGUGACGGGCUACAUACAUGAUGUGACAAACUUUGCAGCCGCCACUGCUGUUAAAGAUGAAAGGUCUUGAUGAAUAUGGCGGUACAACAGAAGCUGAUUAUCUUGUUGUUAAAGUGGGUUUGGCUCGCCAGCGUUAUCACUGUUAUCUCAGUUAUUAUUAUUGCCAUUAUGCUUUGUUUCACUGAGUGUUAAAAUGAUAAAAAAAUCUUUUUAUCUUCUUGGCGCAAACUUUACAUUGUAGGAGCACGAACACGGACAUUGAACAAUGAUGAUGAUAACAUUCAUGAGCAAACAAGUUAAUAAGUUUACUAUAAAACUUUUUUAAGUGUUAAUAUUCCUUGCAAGGUACACGUGAAGCCAUUUUUCUUAAUUAAUGCUAAACUGGAUAUUUGCUCGUUUGCUUUGUCCUUGUGUCAGGAACAGAUAAAAAAUGAAUGCAUUUGAACUGUAGCAGGUGACUUUUUUCAGUCUGAAAUCAUUCAGUGUGCACUUGUAUUUCUUUCUAUAUUAAAAUCUUUCAGGAUGAGGGCAGCUACUUAAAAUAAUCCAUGUGUUAUUAUGUUACUGUACACACCUGGUAUUUAUUAUAAGUUCUUGUGGUAUUAAAAAGUUUUUACUGUAAAUAUUGCAAUUUUCAGUGUGUGUGGGGAGUGUAUGACUGUUUGAUCUGCUUUAUUGCUUUUACACAUUUUUAUUCUCUAACACCUGUGACAUUAUUAUUCAAUAACUCUGAGCAUAUGUGAAAAUUAUGAUUCAUGAUCACUCAAUGAUGUUUAGAGCAGAGUUAGCCAAAAGCUGAGGCGUAAAACGCUUCAUUUGUAGCUCUUUAGUGGUUCAAGAAAAAAUAUGGUACAUUUUACACUUCUUUCCAUCACAGUAUGAGAAUGUAGAAGCACUCAAAAAUCACCAGAAACCAAAACUUUUGUACUCUUCUUUCAAGCAACUUGUAAUGACUUUAUGUGUACACUAUGUACAAUUUCAUGAUUGUUUUUAUCUCCUGCAUCAUUUAUUUGAUGUGUAAUGAUUUUGCUGUUUAUCACAUUGUGUGGGGUUUGCCCUCUCUUGUUCAGGCUUUAUUGCUAGCUGGUAAACUGGUCUUGGAUCUGGAUCAUCUCAUUUUACAACUUAUUCCAAACUGUCUGUAUGUACGCUUACAGCUUGUAGUUUUUCUUUCAUGAAGCUCACUCAGGUUGUGAUGUCAACGAGUUGUGUGUUGAACUACCAUGUACUCCAGUUGUUGUAAAUGUCGAGCCUGUCCAUUGUGGGCUGAAUGUGAAUAAUGCAGCACUUGUAAAUAUCCUUCAAUAAAAAAACUUUUGACUGUAUUUG